AACCCUUCUCAAGCUCAGCCAACCCGAGGCUUGUGAUAAUAAACUCAAACCACACUCUUUCAAAUUGAGACCAUCGUAUCGAUGUCCUUAUAACGAACUUUUCCUUUUCACUCUUUCAGGACCAAAGGUCCAACUACUAUUCACGAUUAUUUCGAUUGCUUUCAUUUGUCCGACAAAUUUUCACAUACCCCUGGAUGAGCCUCUGACCUGUUGACGACCUGGAGUUCUUUGCUUUCUCUUUCCCAUAACCGGCAUCUUGUAUAUCGCUUCCUACUAUCUCGACUCACCCAACUCUUCUUGGAUUGGCAACAUUUACUUUAUCAACUACUACUACCUUCUUCGCUCCUGGCAGCUCUAGCUCUCUGUACAAGCACUCAAAAAAGUAUUUCAUCAAUUUCUUCAAGAAGCAUUCCGAUACCCCUUUUCUCCCUUUCCAAAUAGACAUCAGGUAAGGGGGGGAAAGAACUAUACAGCUUGUACGAUCAUCCGUGGUUACAUCUGAUUUACUUCGUCUCACCUCGAUUAUUUGUCUCACGUCGAGACAACGGUCAUGGAAUGCUUAAGAAACAAGUUUCAAGACGGCGUUUUACUAGACGGGAGAUUUCAAACCCUCUCCCCUCUUAAUCAUGGAUCUUUUGGAAUGGUGUUCAUGGCAAGGGACUUGCAAACCAAAGAGCUCGUUGCCAUCAAGUGCUUAACUAAGAAGGCAGCUGCCGACGGAGCCGGCAUCGAAUUUGCGGUCGACGAGAACUCCGAGGAGCUACUUUCCCACCGGCUACUAGGUGCUCAUCCCAACAUCGUUAACUUAAUCCACUCGUUCGAGACCGACUCCCAUGUGUACCUUGUCCUCGAAUACUGCUCGCGUGGUGAUCUGUACGAGGCCAUUCGCACUGGACUUGGCCCCCUGGAGACGGAACACGUCCGCCAGUUCAUGAUCGAACUAGUCGAUGCUGUUUCGUAUAUGCACUCGAAAGGCAUUUACCACCGAGACAUCAAGCCCGAGAACAUCUUUCUCACCGAGUCGGGUUCGAUGAAGCUUGGCGAUUUUGGGUUGGCUACCACGGACCGAUGGAGCUACGAGAAUACGGUCGGGAGCGACAGAUACAUGUCACCUGAGCAAUACGAUUCGGCCGGAGCCGGAUACUCGCCGGCCCAGGCUGACAUCUGGGCGAUCGGUAUCUGCCUUCUAAACAUUCUCUUUUCUCGAAACCCCUUCACUACCCCGACCGAGGCUGAUCCCUUGUUUCUGGACUUCUCUCGUGACAAGCAAUCUCUUUUCGAUGUCUUCCCUACCAUGUCCCAGGAUACGUACGAAGUCAUCGUCCAGUGCAUGAAUCUAGAUCCUAAGAAGCGAUCCCUGGUCGGUGCUAAGAACGCCCUCCGCCGCGUUGUCAGCUUCACCACCCUCGAGGAGGCUCUGGAUGACUUCUGCACGACUGAGCGUUCGACUGUCGCCACCGCCAACCGCGAGCCGCUCCGGACUCCUUCGAUCCAGAGCCCCCAGCUGGACUCAGGCGUCUUCCCGUGGGCCAAGGCCCUGCACGCAGCCAUACCCCAGGCUCUCCGUCAACUCAGCGCCAUCCCCGACGACGAAAGUUACACGGAGGAUCUGUUUUCCAAGUCCGCGGAUACUACGGACUGGAUGUCUGGUUCUGCUCUGACGCCAUCGAUCUCGUCUGUCCUGACUUCCAACCUCGCGGCAUACACGAGCUCGCUCAACGAGUCGCGCCCUAUGGAUAUGCCUGGCCGUGCUGUUGCCAGAGCGUCUCCGAUGACCGGCUCGUUGCCUAUCACCAUGUCGAGGCCCAAGCCUACUCUUAGUGCUAUGUCGAUGGUGUUUGGCCGCCAGAAGGAUACCGUGUCGAAGAGCUGGAGCGACAUGUGGGACGAGGAUGUGGAGGAAGACGAAGAGGAGCGCGCCCGUCAACUACAAGCGCUCAAAGAGCUUAACUCUAGGACCUGGAGUCAGGAGAGCAAGGAGGCUACUAGGACUCCGCGGCAGGAUCAGGUAUCCUUGCACCAGGCGCCAGCGUCUGAUGAUGAGAAGCCAGAGGCUUCGCAUGUGAACGAUACCAUUUCAAAUGACAUUGAUGGAGACCUAGUUGCGGAUGGAUUUUUCUUUCACGAGCCUGUUGCUGUUGUACAGCCUGAGCACUUCCCUACUCGGUACUCGCCUCCGUCGAAGCGAAGCGGCGUCGACAAGUGGGCGGUUUUAGGGGAACGCCGCCGGGCAUACGCAGGAGCACCGGGGCCCAAGUCGCCGGAUUUUUCAACGAAAUCCCGACGUCAGUUCGGUAUUGGAUUUAAUACUUUACCAGGAGGAAUAGGAAUUUGGGACCAAGCCAAUCAGCAAAACCACAAAUGGAACCGGGAUCAUCACUCGGCAUCACGCGAAUGCCCAUGGAACAAGGGUCGAGACUGGAACUGGCGUAAGGAGAGACGCCACGAUUUCGGUGACGUCGAGUGGGUUGGCCACUGGCAGGAGGCUCAUUAGAGCAUUUUUCUUCUUUUUAAACUCCUCGCCGGUGUCGCCACUUGUAGUUGUGCUCAUCUUUCUACCACCACACGGGAUGUUU